GCCUUGUGGAGAACGCGCAGUCUCCUGACCAACAUGCGUGUUGACUGAUAAACAGAGGGAUGGAGGUUAAAAAUACUAAAUGACAGUACGAAAAGGAAAGCGGAUGGGGAUCUCAAUUCAGGAAAACAUGGCGAUAAACGUCUGUCCUGGCCCAAUUCAACCCAUCCGUCAAAUAUCAGCAUACUUUCCCAGACACUCCCCGACAUCCUCCUUCUCUGAUCCCUUGUCGCCAAACCUGACCAGCUGUUCCUCAGAUGCAGUUGGAGCCAAAGCAGUUGGAGUUCUGUUGUCUCCUCACUCAGCAGGAGCCACUGGAGGUGGAGGCACACUUUCAGCAAUGAGUAGCAUGGACACGUCCAUAGAGAUUGACAGUUGUGACAGUGAUGACAACACAUCCUUAGGAACCCUGGAGUUCAAACUGCUCUAUGAAACUGCGACAAGUGCUCUGCACUGCACUGUCAUUAGAGCAAAGGGUUUGAAGCCCAUGGACUUUAAUGGUUUGGCUGACCCAUAUGUGAAACUACAUCUGCUUCCUGGUGCCUGCAAGGCCAAUAAGCUAAAGACGAAGAUUGUGAAAAACACCCUAAACCCAGUGUGGAAUGAAACGCUUACAUAUUGUGGCAUCACAAUGGAGGAUAUGUACAGAAGAACCCUCAGGGUGUCUGUGUGUGAUGAGGACAAGCUGACUCAUAAUGAGUUCAUUGGAGAGUCACGGGUGGCAUUACGCAAAGUGAAGCCUGACCAACCCAAACACUAUAACAUCUGCUUAGAGCAUCCACCUCCCUUGUCAUCUCCAACAGCAAUGAGUUCAGCUAUGAGAGGAAUCUCCUGCUAUCUGAGAGAGUGGGAUAGUGAGCAGCAGCGCAAUUUGGAAGAGCGAGGUCGUCUGCUACUAUGUCUGCAAUUUCUGUCGGCAUCCCAGUAUGCGGAAAGGUUAGGACAGACAGAAGCUAAAGAGCAUGCCAAAGGUGGGCUAUGUGUGGGGGUUCGCCGCUGUGCCCACUUAGCAGCUAUGGACGUUAAUGGCUUCUCUGACCCAUAUGUGAAAAUAUAUCUCAAACCUGACCUUAAGAAGAAAUCCAAGCAUAAGACUGCAGUCAUCAAAAAGACUCUGAACCCUGAGUUUAAUGAGGAGUUUUUUUAUGAGAUCACAUUUAAUGAGUUAUCCGCCAAGACAUUAGAAGUUUCGGUCUGGGACUAUGAUUUGGGGAGGUCCAAUGAUUUCAUUGGUGGCGUGUUGCUAGGAUGUAACUCACAGGGUGACGCUCUUCAGCACUGGAUAGACUGUCUCAAAAAUAAAGGCCAGAAGGUUGAGCGUUGGCACACACUGACCAAUGAUCUGCCAGGAUCAACAAUUUAACAGAACCAAGGUUUAUCUUAAGUAAGACUUUAUCUGUCACCUUCAUUCGUUUACAUUUUACCAUUGGAUUGUGUUAAUUAAGUCAACAUAACAACUUCUCUAUCAACAUUUGUAAGAAACAUUUACCUAAAGGGCCUGAGCUGUUUAUUUAUUUUAGACUCAUGCUUUAUAUGGAGUUAUUUAAGAAAUGUUGUGUAGUUGUUCAUUUGUAUUAUCUGAAACUAUAGUGUAAUGUAAUAUAUUUGUGUUCAAUGCAGUAAUUUGUGAAUUUGAGAAACACCACACAAAACAACCAUGGUUGUAACAACUUAUUGUUCUACUCAUUGUUUGGUUUAGG